UCCUUUCUAUUUGAUCCUAGUACGAAUCUUCCUUGUAUUUGGCGUCAAGCAAGCUUCCCUAUAAAUAUAAAUCUCCUCAAACAGCGACCUUGAUUUGCCUGUGCCUUCUGCUCACACUUUCAGAGACUUCUCUGCUUUCAAAGUCCACGGUACUCUUGUUUGCUUGAGGUUGCCAUUGCCAUUGCCAUUGCCAUUCCAAAGUUUGAUCAUCAUUAGACUAUGAGAACCUGGAGAGGAAACUGGUCCGAGGCAUUCUGGCCUUCCGUUGUGAUGAAGAAAUGGCUCAACAUCAAGCCGAAGGUGUAUGACUUCAGCGAAGACGAGGCCGACACCGAGACCGAGAGCGAAGAUGAUGCUUCCUCCUCGAAAGAUGAAAGAGUUCGUCGAAGCGGCAAUUAUUCUCACACUAUGCAGAGGAACCAGCCCGAAUGCCCGAAUCCAACUUCAGCAGAAUCGCGUGUGAAGUGCUCUCAGUUCAGACACAGAAGAGGGAAGUCAGAGACUUUGCGUGCUCAGUACAUUAAUACAAAGGAUGUGAGGGUGACUAUAGGCACUUGGAAUGUUGCUGGGAGACCUCCGAGUGAUGAUCUUGAGAUCGAUGAUUGGCUUUGCACCAAAGAGCCGGCGGAUAUGUACAUCAUUGGGUUCCAGGAAGUGGUUCCGUUGAACGCUGGCAAUGUGUUUGGAGCAGAGGAUAGCAGGCCGAUACCGAAAUGGGAGGCUAUUAUCCGUAGAACCUUGAACAGGCCUUUGGAAGCUGAAACCAGGCACAAGAGCUACAGCGCUCCACCCUCUCCAGUACUAAGAACUUCCUCCGCUGCUGAUUCGCUAGCAGAUGAGGCGGAGACUCGCGCAUUUGAGAUGAUGAGUGAGCAAUAUGCUGGAACAAGCUGUGACUUUGACCUGGAACCGCAAAACUUUCAGGAAAUGAUGGGUUUGGGGACGAAUUUACAUAUAGAGAGGAUAUUUAGUAAAGACACCCUCAGUCAAUUUGACUGGCCCGAACGUCCACUGGAUACAACUCCUCAACUCUCUGCCGGCGCCAAAUUGCGAAGAGUACUCAGUAGUUCUGGAAGGAUUGGCUCUACAUGGACAGACACUUCUUUACUUUUCAGUUCUCAAAACUUUUUUGUUAAUAGCAGCCCAUUAAGGAGAUCAUACAGGAGCUUUGGAGAUCUAGGAUUGGCUCUGAUGGAGGCCCAACGGACGCCCAAUGUUCUUGACUCCCCUCUUGAUGCUGUAGAUAGUUAUUCAGAAGAGGAAGAUGAUAGUUUUGUGGAAACAACUCCAGUGCAGCAUAUGAAUGAAGUUAAAACAGAUAAGGCAAAGCAACGCCCUAGAUAUGUUCGGAUAGUCAGCAAGCAGAUGGUAGGAAUAUACAUUUCGAUCUGGGUGCGUAGGAGGUUGAGGAGACACAUAAACAAUCUCAGAGUCUCUCCUGUCGGCGUCGGUCUUAUGGGUUACAUGGGAAAUAAGGGAUCUGUAUCCGUGAGCAUGUCGCUUUUCCAGUCAUCAAUAUGCUUUGUUUGUUCCCACCUGGCCUCCGGUCAGAAGGAUGGAGCCGAACAAAGACGCAAUUCCGAUGUGUAUGAGAUCCUACGCCGUACUCGUUUUUCACCUGUCUUCAAUUCUGAUCGACCACAGACAAUUCCAUGUCACGAUAUUCAGUUCGGAGAUUUGAAUUACCGUCUCGGUAUGUUGGAUGCGGAAGUAAGAAAGCUUGUUGCUAAGGAACAGUGGGAUGAACUCAUGAACUAUGAUCGGUUAAGCAGAGAGCUCCGUGGAGGACAUGUUUUUGGGGGAUGGAAAGAAGGCACGAUAAACUUUCCGCCGACUUACAAAUAUGAAAUCAACUCCGACAGAUACGUUGGCCAAAACCCGAGAGAAGGGGAAAAAAGAAGAUCGCCGGCAUGGUGCGACCGGAUACUGUGGUUGGGGAAAGGAAUAAAGCAACUUUCUUACAAACGAGCAGAGAUAAGGCUCUCGGAUCAUCGGCCUGUCAGUUCAAUCUUCUCGGUGGAAGUCGAAGUUCUGGACCAUCGGAAACUCCAGAGGGCUAUCAAUUUCACGAGUGCUGCCGUACAGCCCGAACUCCUGCUGGAUGAAGAUGAACUAUAAUCUGGAAAUACCAGGACUGAAGAUUUUACAGUUGCAGGGACAGAACACACCAAAUUUUCCAUUUUUAAAGUGCUGUUAUACAUUGGAC